UGCCGCUUCAUGAAAAAAGAAGAGGGAAACGAAAAAACUUCCUGUCAUAUCUUGGAAACUCCUGCUCAGACUGCUGCUCAGACUCCAUUUCUCGAAUCAGGGAAGGUCGGUUCUCUCGAAUCAUGGAAGAAGUUGGGUUCUCUCAAACUGCUACUCAGACUCCAUUUCUCGCCGCACAGGUACAAUUUAACAUGGAUUCAGGGUCUAAUCCAUUCCCAAGCUCCCAACAUCCUAACCAUGCUAACCUGUCAAGCCAAAUUCCAAAUCAGUUUACUCCCAUAAGCCACCAGUUUCAGCCCUCAUAUCAGCUCAAUCCAUUAAAUGGUUCUUAUCCUCCUUAUAAUAACCUACCUUACGGAUCUCACUUCUCAUUCCAAAAUCUCUUAAAUACUCCCAUUAUUUCAAGUGAACCUAAUGAAACACACAACUCACGCGGGGGAUGGAAAAGGAACCCCAAAAGUGUCCAUGAUAGUUUGGCAUUAUUAAUAGAGACUAGACAUCCUAGCAUUGUGAUUGCUCUAAGAGGCUAAAGAGGAGGUGGGGCCAAUUUAAAAGAGAUUUUCUUUUUUCUUUAAACGGCUAUAACUUUCGUAUUUUUACUCCAAUUUUUUAAAAACAUAUACCAAAUUUUAUAACUUUUUGUGAUCUUUCAUAUGACACCAAUAUGUAAUAUAUAAAGUUUUUUAAAAAAUAUGAAGAUCAUAUGGGAUGAAAAAUCUAAUUGCAAUAAUCUAUCGUCAAUAAACUUAAUUCUCAACCAGUUUAGACCAAGAUUAUGUAUUCACCCUGUCAAUUCAAUUUAUCAAUAUAAUUAUUCAAUAUAGUUUUUAGUUAAAUUUUUCAAUAUAUUUACCUGAUGGAUAAGUGUACCCGGGGGUAUCUAUCCGAGGGGUUAUCACGGGGAAUAACUAGAGAGAAGUCAGAGCAAGUAAGAGAGAGAAAGUGUAUUGAAUAUGUAAGUUAAGGCUUUUUGAGCGUGGUUUACAAUGGGGGAAAGGGGUGCUAUUUAUAGUAGUAAUAAAUGCUAGGUAAGGACACGUGUCAGUUUUCUGGUGGUCGAGGGGUCACCUCGACCGGGGUGGCACUGGCACACGCAUGUGGCCGCAUUAAAUGUGGUGGUUGGAUGUGACGUUUGUACUUGAUAUGGUGAUCCAGGCGCAUGUGAAGAGGAUAUUCUGUCGAGGUGGAUGCCUUCGACUGAAGGGUGCUGGGCCGAAGGCUCUUCUAACCGAGGGCUCCUACCUGCCGAGGGCUUCAGGUGCCGAAGGCUUGGUUUUCAAGCCUUGUUCUCCUGUGAUGCCUCUUCUAACCGAGGGCUCCUACAUGUCGAGGGCUGCAGUUGCCGAAGGCUUGGUUUUCAAGCCUUGUUCUCCUGUGAUGUUUCUGAGCUCGAUUCCGUCACUGGUAACCUUCGCCCAUGGGGCCGAAGGCACCCCUUUGCGUAUUGUGGGCAGCUUAGAGCUCCAUUUUGCUGAGUUUGGCCCGUUUGCGCCUGUUGGGCCGGAUUGUAGUAGAGGAAGUAUGUGGGUCGGGGGUCCAUGGGCCAUAUACUCCAUCAUUACCCAAUUUUUAAUGCAAAUUUUGAAAUGGGUGAAAUUGAGUAGCAAACUUCAUUUUUAGUACGUUUGUUUCAUUUAAGUUGAUUUGUUUAUUUUUUUUGUCAAUCCUAUAAUACUUUGGUCGAUUUCAGUUGAAUAAAUUUACUCACCUUUAAAUUCAAAGGCAUA